AUGUCGGCAACGACCUCCAACCAGGACAUCAUUCUUGAUGUAUCCCAGGGAAUCGUAGACACUUACUACCUGGCAGCAGCUGCUGUGCUCAUAUUACAUGACCACAUCGUCACCUUCUCCCAAGAGGUGCAGUUCAUCUGGGGCAGUAAGAUAACGGCAUCUACAUUACUCUUCCACAUGAAUCGGUUUUUUGGCCUUGGACAUGCACUCGCAACACUGCUGUUCUUGCCGUACUGGGACUGCACUACUCAGGUUACGUUCUCGGCUCUGCGAGUAUAUGCCCUUUGCCACGACUGGAGACUUGCCCUGUUUGUGCACGUAUUGUGCUUAGUUCCUAUUGCAAUAAAUCUGGUUCUUGAAAUCAGCAUUGUGCUGGGGUCUUCUUCGGCUGUCACUCAAUGCGAAGUUAAGAGUGCACUAUCUCCGGAAACUUCUGACAACACAGGCAGAUUUUUCAUCUUGAACCGCGCCUGUCUCAUCGUUGCAGAUGCCAUAGCAUUAUCUGUCACUUGGAUUCAGACCUACAAGCUUCAGAGAAGCGCGGAUCAGAUCGGUAUGAAGACACCGUUGGCUUCUCUUCUUCUUCGCGAUGGCACUCUCUACUUCGGUUUAUUGGUCGUCCUGAAUGCUGCGGACUUGACGUGCUGUUUCGUCGCCACAGAGAUCGACAUCCCGUACUUCACCAUCGCACUCAGCAACAUCAUCAUCUCUCGGUUUUUGCUGAACCUUCGCAAGGUCAAUCAUGACAAUGAGUACGGUAUGAACGGCACUCGGCCGUCAUUCGUCGUUUCUUGUCGGUCCGAGAUUCGAUUCGCCCCCAGCUUCGUCGGGAGCAUGGGAGCAUCCUUGAACUUUGGCCCUUUUGACGAUACAGAGCCGGCUGCCGAUGAGGAGAACGCUGGAGUGGUGGAUGUAGGCGGAGACCUUGCAGGCGACCUUGACAUCGUAGAGAUGCCGCGAGCUUGA